AUGCUUCGCGCAUGCAUCUUCUUGUCCUUGCUCCUGGGUGGAAAUGCUUCCUGCUCGUGGGAGUGGGCAGGAGUAUACCAUGCACAUGAGGCAGGAAUCCUGACCUGGACCUUCGAAAAGACGGGAACUACUUAUGCCGAUCCUGGAAUGGCGGUGGCCCUGCGUAGUGCUAGUGCUGCCACUGAGGCGGGGCUCACAGCUGUGCAAAGCUCAGCCGAGACUGACCUCAACGCCACUCUGACGACUGUGCAGAGUGGAGCAGUUUUGAGCUUGAACGCAGCCUACCAACUCCAGUUUGAUUCAGAUUCUUGGAUCAGCAUCUUUAAGAUCCCAGUGGCAGCCGAAAGCAAUUUCGCAGUCUCUGCAGAGCACUACCCUUCAGAGUUCAAAAACCUAAUGCCUAGCGUCAUGCGCAACAACCACGGAAUAAGCGCGUCUGCAAGCCACACGGCUGCAUGCGACUCUGACGACCAUGACCACGAUGAUCACGAUGACCAUGCAGAGACCUCCACAGACAGGAUUGGAGAGGUGAUUGGAGCAUCGCUGAUGACAGCGCUUCCAACUCUUGUUGGAAUUGUCCUGUUGGUCGUUGUUUGUAACCCCACGGGCACCUUUUUCAAGACUGCUCUUCACUUUUCCAACUCCCUGGCGGCUGGUAUCCUCCUUGCAGCUGCAGUGUUCCUCUUCUUGCCAGAGGCCCAACACAUGCUGGCAGUUGGCAAGAUUGAGCCUGAAGCUGCAGCAGCCUGGGGCAGCACCAUCGUUGCUGGCUGGCUGCUGGGAGCUAUUUCUCACCUUGCUGGAGAUGUGGUGAAGAAAAAGUGCGGCGCAGAUGACCUUGAAGCUAUCGAUGAGAAGCCCCCAGCCAAAAACAUGAUGUGGGUUCUUGGGAUUCCCAUUUCUUGCGGAGACUUUUGCUGCAACAUCGCAGAUGGCUUCGUCCUUGGGACAGCAUUUCGUCCCUGCAGCACCGGCUUUGCAUGGAAGUUGGUGGGCAUUAUCAUUGCUCAUGAGCUGCCACAAGAAGUUGCUGGCACCUACACCCUAGUCUUCAAAGCUGGCAUGAAGUGGUGGCAGGCAACACUUCUCAACUUCAUUUGUGGCUGA